CUCCCUUCACGCAGAGGGGCUGGAGUCUGGGAUGGAGAAGAGGAGAGGGACAGGGAGGGGCGGGGCGAGGGUUAGGGGCGGCGCGCACAGCCCCCUCCCUGGAGUCCUGAAAUCUGCUUCUGAUUUCCGCGGGGAGACUGCGGCCGCCCCUCCUCCUCCUCCCCCUCCCUCAGCUCCCUGCCCCCCCUUCCCCGCCCCUCCUUUAGCACGGGCUCAGCUCCCCGCCCCCUCCCCCACCUCCAAGGCUCCCCCUCUUCCCUAACCCCUACUUCCCCCCCUCCCCGCGCGGUCUCAGCUCCCCCCUCCCCCAGCUGCCCGCUUUCCCUCUCCGCCCUCUCCCGGCUCUUGAAGCAGCUGGGCUGGACUGGGCUGGGCUGGGUUAGGGAGGCUUGGAGGAGACUGCCGAGGGACCAGGCGUUGGGAGGGAGAAAGAAGGGUGCGAACCCCAGACCCGCCCUCGGGGGCUCAAGGGAGAUCCGUUUUGGUCCCCGCCCCCCCAACCUGCCUCUGGUGAGUCUGACUUGCGGCGGCAGCGGCAGCAGCAGCGGCUGGGGUACGAGGGGGUGGGGGUGGGCGUGGGUGGGGGGGCUCUUGUCAUCUCUUCCCCUGCUCUCAGGCCGAGGCUAGGGAAAGAAAAAACUUUUCUUUUGCUUUGACCAGGGUGUGUCCCCCCAAUCGUCUCCGGCCCCUCCCAUUUUCCCCCGCCCCCCCACCUUUCUCCCGCUCCCGCCCACGUCUCCGUCUGUCUCCGGGUUUCUGUUUGUCUCUUGGUGUCUCUGUCUUGCUGUGUCUCCGUUUUUCGGUGUCUUGUGUCUCUGCCUCUCUGUGUCUGUCUCUGUAUUUCUGUCCCUGGGUCAGUCUUUCUUUCUCCCUGGGUUUCUGUUUUGUGUCUCCGUUAGUCUCUCUGUUCUCUCUCCCUGGUUUUAUCUCUGCGUUAUGGUGUCUCUCCUUCCCUGUCUCUCUUGUCUUGCUGCAUUUCUCUCCCUUUGCCUUUAGCUUGCUGUGUCUCUAUUUGUGUGUGUGUUUUUCUUUCCCUCUCUGUGUCUCUGUCCUUGUUUCCUCACUCCCCUCCGCCCCCAACUGUCUUGUCAAUAUGAAGCUCCCAUCCAAUUUUCACUUGCUGCAACCCAGGAGGGCAUACCUGAUAUAGGGACUCUCUUUCCUCUGACUUCCCCCCUCUAAGCUAUCUCCCAGUCCUGAAAAUGUCCUGCCCACCCAGCCAGAUCCCCUUGGGGUCCAGGGCCAUGCUGGGCCAACUGCUCUGGCUCCUGCUGGCUGCCUGGAUGCUGGCUCCAGGGCUGAGUGCUAGCCCACAGGUCCCAACAGACCCCUGCUAUGAUGAGGCAGGAGCCCCACAGCGCUGUAUACCAGAGUUUGUCAAUGCAGCCCUGGGGCGCGAGGUGCAGGCUUCCAGCACAGACCCCAGACAGACCCACCCUGCAGCCUUCCUGACAGAUGCGAGCGCGGCAGCUGACCGCACCUGCUGGCGCUCAGAAACACUGACUCGGACACCACUAAAUGUGACACUGACACUGCCCCUGGGCAAGGCCUUCGAGUUAGUCUACGUGAGUCUGCACUUCUGCUCAGCGAGGCCUGACUCUGCCGCUGUCUUCAAGUCCCAGGACCAUGGGCGAAGCUGGUCACCCCUGCGAUUCUUCUCUUCCCAGUGUAACCGAGUGUACGGUAGGCCAAGCCGGGCUGUGGGACAGGCUCCUGCCCAGGCCUCUUUGGGCUCCAUAGUUCCUCGAGGCCCUGAAGCACUUUGUUCUGAGCCUCCACCAAGGACUGGUCCCCUCCUAGCCUUCAGCAUGCAGGAUGGCCUCCCACCUGGUCAGGACUUGGAUUCCAGUCCUGUGCUUCAGGACUGGGUCACAGCCACAGACAUCCGUGUGGUGCUUACCCGGCCAGUAGGGCCAAGGGCUACAGAGGGUGGGGUUGUGGCACCAUAUGUUUACUCUGUGGGUGAACUCCAGGUGGGUGGGCGCUGCAAGUGCAAUGGACAUGCAUCUCGAUGUGUGGUGGACACCCAGGGGCGCCUGGUGUGUGACUGUAGGCAUGGCACUGAAGGCCCGGAUUGUGAGCGCUGCAAGCCUUUCUACUGCGACCGGCCCUGGCAGCGGGCCACAGCCCAUGAGGCACACGCCUGUCUGGCCUGUUCCUGUAAUGGUCAUGCUCGUCGCUGUCGCUUCAACAUGGAAUUGUACAGAUUGUCUGGGCGGCGUAGUGGGGGUGUUUGCCUCAACUGCCGCCAUAACACAGCAGGGCGGCACUGCCACUACUGUCGUGAAGGUUUCUACCGUGACCAAACCCGGGUCCUGAGCCACCGCCGUGCCUGCAAGGCCUGUGACUGUCACCCUGUUGGAGCUGCUGGCAAAACCUGCAAUCAGACAACUGGGCAGUGCCCAUGCAAGGAUGGAGUGACAGGUCUUACCUGCAACCGCUGCGCUCCUGGCUUCCAGCAGAGUCGCUCACCUGUAGCACCAUGUGUCAAAAUUCCAGCUAUGGUUCCCACAGGAGUGACCAGCACUGUGGCCCCUGAGGAUUGUGACUCUCAUUGCAAACCAGCAAGAGGGAGCUACAGGAUUAACCUGAAGAAAUACUGUGGAAAAGACUAUGCGGUGCAGGUGGCUGUGGGCGCAGCUGAGGCGGUCGGUUCGUGGACGCGCUUCUCUGUGGCCGUGGUGUCUGUCUACAAGAGUCGUGAAGAGCGUGCGAGGCGCGGGGAGAGCGUCCUAUGGGUUCCCGCGCGGGACCUGGCGUGUCGCUGCCCACGCGUGCACCCCGGGCAUAGUUAUUUGAUUCUGGGCGGGACAGGACCGGGAGCCGGGGUCGGGGAGCGGGCGGGACUUACGGCUGGGCGGGGCAGUCUGGUUAUCCCCUGGCGGGAUGCUUGGGCUCGGAGGCUCCGGAAAUUACAGCGGCGGGAGCGGCAGGGACGCUGUGGAGGGGCCGCGUGACAGGGAAGGAAGAAAGGGCAUCAAAGCAGGGACACGGGUGGGGAGGGGCACCGCGUGUGGAAGUGAGCAGGCGCGUGUGUGAGGGCUCCGAGUGGCCACAGGAUUGGAGAACGGGGCAGGAGAGGUCAUGAGUAUGCGGGACCCUGAGAGAGUGGGCCAGGACCUUGGAGAGAGGGAGCCUUCGCCUGGAAACCCUGCCUGUAAAUAACUGUAAAUACCUAGACCGCCGGCGGUCUUGGUCCGGCUGUAUGGUCCUUAUUGUAUCUGUCCUUGAGUCAUUGUAUUGAGCUCUGUAUCACUGUAUUAGUAGCUGUAUCACUUUAUGUAUAGCUGUAUUGCUGUAUCCAUUGCUGUACUGAUCCUUGUAUCGAUGUAGCCAUCGCCA